AUGACAUUCCAUUCCCUUCACUACAACAAUGAGGCUGAAAUCGAUCAGGCCGCUUUACUCUGUCAACGUACCUUCAAGAGCGGCCAUACCCGCCCUCUCCCAUUUCGUCGCCACCAACUUGAGCAGCUCUGGAGGCUGAUAGACGAGAACGAAGAUCAGCUCUGCAACGCCGUUCACAAGGACUUGCACAAGCAUAAGAAUGAGGUCGUUCUCGGCGAGCUCUGCAUGUCCAAGGAGGAGAUCAACACCGCACUAGUCCAUCUCGAGGACUGGACUAAGGACGAAAAAACUAUACCUGCCCUUGUGAACCGUAUAGGGACGACCUGCAUUAAGAGAAAGGAGCCCAAAGGCGCAGCGCUAAUUAUCGCGCCAUGGAACUACCCUGUCUACUUGGCCAUUGCACCCCUGGCCGGAGCCAUUGCCGCAGGAUGUACAGCCGUCCUGAAGCCCUCAGAAGUGGCUCCACACACUGCACAGCUACUCUCUGAACUGCUAUCACGGUAUCUCGACUAUUCCGCCUUUAUUGUCAUCAACGGAGCCGCCCAGGAGACGACACGUUUGCUGAAACACAAGUGGGAUCAUAUCUUUUACACCGGCAACAGUGAUGUGGCCAAGAUCAUCAUGAAGGCGGCUUCUAAUAACCUCACAAGCCUGACCUUGGAGCUGGGUGGCAAGUCUCCAGCGAUUAUCGACGAGGACGCUAACUUGGCGCUGGCAGCAAAGCGUAUCAUGUUUGGAAAGACCUUUAAUGCCGGCCAGACCUGCGUAGCCCCUGAUUAUAUCCUAGUCACCGAGAAGGCAGAAGCGAAACUUAUUGCCGCACUAAAGACCGCCGCUCUGGAACUCUACGGCGACAACCCUCAGAAUUCUAGUUCUUAUGGCCGAAUCGUCAAUAACCGACACUUUCACCGCCUUCACAACCUCCUCAAGUUUAACAAGUCGGGCAAGAUUGUUUUUGGAGGCCAAGUGGACGAAUUGGAUCUCUAUAUCGCGCCGACCGUGAUCACAAACGUCGACCGAGACGAUAAGUUGAUGGAGAACGAGAUCUUUGGUCCACUGCUGCCGAUAAUCCGUGUCGCGGACGUGGAUGACGCUAUCGAAUUCAUCAAUUCCAAGCACGAACCGCUCGCCCUGUACGUGUUCUCCAACAACAAGAAACUGGUCAAGAAAGUUCUGGACUCAACGCGUUCUGGAGGCGCGCUUGUGAACGACACGCUGAUGCAUGUAUCAGAGUCGUCGCUGCCGUUUGGAGGAAUUGGCAAUUCAGGCAUGGGUUCGUACCAUGGCAAGAGUUCGUUCGAUGCCUUCACACAUGUGCGGUCCGUGAUGAUUAAGACACUCACUCCAGUAUCGGAAAUGGUCAUGAAUAUGCGCUAUGCGCCCUACACCAGUAGCAAGCUGGCAAUAGGCAAACUGGCCAUUGAGCACGUGCCGUACUUCAAGAGGGGCUUUCUCUUCAGGAAUAUGAAGUGGAUUGCCUUGAUGCUGGUCUUUGGGCUGGGUUAUAAGCGCGCGCUGGCAUAG